CACCACUUCCGUCGCUCGUCUUGCUCUGGACCCUGGGGCGGAAGUAAAAGCCAUCUACCGCUUAUAGGAGCGGUUCAUGGUGAGGUUUGAGUCUUGCUGCCGAAGUGGCGACAGCUGUUCUCCGGCCUUUCUGACGGGAUGCAACGUACUCUUUCCUUAAGACAAAUAAGGCAGAGUGGACAGUUAGAGAGAGAGAGAGACAGAGAGAAAGGUCUUCCUUUGCUGUUGGUUCACCCUCCAGUGGCCACCGCGGCCGGCAUGCUGCAGCCGGCGCACCGCGCUGAUCCGAUGGCAGGAGCCAGCAUUCCAAAAGGUUUGGCUCCAUGACCAUUAUGGCAUCAAGAAACCUCUGGUGUAUGAGAACUAAUUUUCUCUUUGGUUCAAGAUGUUGGAUGAUUCCAUUUUCAGUAGAAUUUCUCUUUAAAUCCGUGUCAUUGAGGCAUUUUAGUGGAAAGUGUCAUAAUGGAGACGGCCAGCCUUUGGAGAAUGAGGACCUACUGAACAACUUACUCAUGAUGGGAGUAGACAUUGACAUGGCAAGGAAACGACAGCCUGGAGUCUUUAAUAGGAUGGUUACUAAUGAGCAGGACCUGAAGAUGUUCCUUCUCUCCAAGGGAGCUAGCAAAGAAGUGAUAGCCAGCAUCAUAUCACGAUAUCCACGGGCCAUCACACGCACUCCUGACAGUCUUUCAAAACGGUGGGAUAUAUGGAGGAAGAUUAUGACAUCAGACCUUGAAAUUGUACAUAUUUUGGAACGUUCUCCUGAGUCCUUUUUUCGCUCCGAUAACAACCUAAACUUAGAGAAUAAUAUAAAGUUCCUGUACUCAGUUGGAUUGACCCGCAAAUGUCUUUGUCGAUUGUUGACUAGUGCCCCUCGUACCUUCUCCAAUAGCCUUGAACUGAAUAAACAGAUGGUUAAACUUUUACAGGAAGUCUGUUUGUCCUUGGGUCACAAUGAUCCUGCAGAAUUUGUCAGGAAGAUAAUUUCUAAAAACCCUUUCAUCUUAAUUCAGAGCACCAAGCGGGUGAAAGCUAACAUUGAAUUUUUACAGUCAACUUUCAACUUGAACGGUGAGGAACUGCUGGUUCUGAUAUGUGGUCCAGGAGCUGAAAUCCUAGACCUCUCCAAUGACUGUGCCAAAAGAAACUACACAAAUAUCAAAGAGAAGCUGUUUUCUCUUGGAUGUACUGAAGAAGAGGUACAGAAGUUUGUCUUAAGCUAUCCUGAUAUGAUUUUCUUGACAGAGAAAAAGUUUAAUGCUAAAAUAGACUGCCUCAUAGAAGAAAAAAUUAGCAUUUCACAAAUAAUUGAAAAUCCUCGAGUUCUAGAUUCAAGCAUAAGUACUUUACAAAGCCGAAUCAAAGAACUGAUACAUGCUGGCUAUGACUUGAGGACAUCAAAUAUCAAUCUUCUGUCUUGGAGUCAGAAAAGAUAUAAAGCUAAAUUGAAAAAGUUAAAUGGAUAGAAUGCUGGGGAAUUUUCAGUCUUUUAAUGUAAUUAUAUUUCAUUUGAAUAUGGGCUUUUUAAAAAGGAGAGAUAUGGUUUAUUAAUCACAGACACAUAAUGAUCCUAUGCAUACUUUGUAUUGUAGGUUCAUAAAAAUUCAUGGUUGGUAUGCUCAAAUGUGAAAUGCAACAUCCCAUCAUGAGAUACAGGUCAUGGCUGCCAUGAAGUGCAAGUUCCUGAUGGAGUGCCUUAACAGAACAAUGUACAGAAAGAAAGUACAAAGUAAACUUUUGUCGUUUUCUGUGUAGAUUGAAAAAUUGACAGUUUCUUUAGGUAGUUUAGUAUUCUCUCAUAAUUUUGAGUGACAGCUUGUUUCUUCUGUUAUGUGCCUAAUUAUGGCUCAUCUUCAAAGUUUAAUGCCAGUAAAAAUUGUAAAAAUAUGACAAAAUAGGUAUUUUUCAUCCCACAUUCUCCAUUGCACCCACCAGUGUACAUCUUCCCACUCCUUACCCACCACAAUUUACUGUGGAUACAUCCUGAUUUCUUUAAAAAUACAAGAGUAAUUGUGGUAGGCAGAAUAAUGGCAGCAUAAAAAUAUCAAUAUCUUAAUCCCUAGAAACUGUGAAUAUGUUAUGUUAUAUUGAAUAUGUGAUUAAGUUAAAAUGUUCGGUUUGGGAGAUUUGAGAUGGGGAGUUUAUUUGGUGGGCUAGUGUAAUCAUUUGGAUCCUUAAAAGAAAAAAGGCAAAAGGAGACAGUGAUGUGAUAGAAUAAAGGUCCACUACUUUGUCUUUUUUUUUUUUUUUUAAGAUUCUUUUUUUGAAAGAGCCACACAGAGGAGAGGUAGAGAGAGACAGAGAGACAGAGAGAGAGAGAGAGAGAGAGAGUCUUCCAUCUGAUGGUUCACUCCCCAGUUGGCCGCAACGGCUGGAGCUGCGCUGAUCUGAAACCAGGAGCCAGGAGCUUCCUCUUGGUCUCCCACGUGGGUGCAGGGGCCCAAGCACUUGGGCCAUCUUCUACUGCUUUCUCAGGCCACAGCAGAGAGCUGGAUUGGAAGUGGAGCAGCCGGGUCUCGAACUGGUGCCCAUAUUGGGAUACCGGCGCUUCAGGCCAGGGUGUUAACCCUCUGCGCCACAGUGCCGGCCCCAUGAUUUUGGUUAUUUUCUAGAGGCAUUUUUUUUUUCUGGAUGUAAAUGUUGAAUUAAGUUAUCUAAUGGUGCUCAGUCUUUUUUUUUUUUUUUUUUUAAGAUUUUUAUUUUAUUUAUUUGAAAGAGUUAACACACACACACACACACACACACACAGAGAGAGGUAGGUAGGAGGUAGGUCUUAAUCUGCUGGUCCACUCCCCAGUUAGCUGCAAUGGCUGGAGCAAUGCAGAUCUGAAGCCAGGAGCCAGGAUCUUCUGGGUCUUCCCACGUGGGUGCAGGGGCCCAAAGACUUGGGGCAUCUUCUGCUGCUUUCCCAGGCCAUAGCAGAGAGCUGGUCAGAAGUAGAGCUGCUGGGACUUGAACCGGUGCCCAUAUGGGAUGCUGGCUCUGAGCUGGCAGCUUUACAUGCUACACCACAGCGCUAGCCCCUGUGCUCUGUCUUAAACCUUAUUUGCUUUCAGUGAUGCCUCAAAAUAAAAAAAAUAAUGCCUGUUAGUGAUGGAAAUAAAAUGCUUGCCUUCCUAA